ACUGGGCGUCACUGCCAGCACCUUUGAGGAUUGGAUCAAGCGGACAGGGUGGACCGGACCAACCGAAGUCUACGAAGGCUGAUUGGUCAACCUGGGGGAUGGGGAGACAAGAUCCCUGGAGUUCGAUAACUCGUCCUCGAACUAUGAAGUCUUGGUUAGCAUGUACUUCUGCAAUAUGAUUGUUCUCGGUGUUGCAGGUUUUAUACAGAUUGUCGCGAGUCAUUCGCCGGCAACACAAACGACGGCGAGUAGUGACGAGAAUCACGAGAUAUUAGGGCCCUGGGCCGAGCUUGGUCUAGUGCCAGGUCGCGAGCGGAACCAGGGCUGCAGCUUACCAGGGACCUAUUACUUGAUUAGGAGUAGCUCUUCAUCGGCGGCUUUACUAAUCAAGAGUUGAACUUACCAUAGCCAUUUCUGUGUCUUCAUUUCCUCUUAACACACGUAAUCAUGAUAAGUCAAGACAAUUUUUAUUCUCUGAAUGGUUUCUUGGAAGCGCCAUGAAUACAGCUCUUCAUCUGAAGCAUUUUUUGAUAGCCUAGUCUCUUAACAACCUGAAACCAUGAACUCAAAGCAAACACCGCUCCUUUUUGUCCACAAUGCUGGUCCGACUCACGUCCACGAUCGUGAUCAUAAAACCAAAACCAAGAUUCGUCAGCAUGUGAUGCUUGACAUUGGCAGGAAGCGCAGGAAGCGCCUCAGAAACCCGCAGCUUGAGAUGGUCUUCCAGUUCUCCGGUAAUGAUAACGCCACACCAGUUGCCCAGUCCGAAAGUAGCCGACAUAAUGAUGAUUCUAUAGAUAGGCGGCACAUGCCCGCUUUGGUGUACCCUUUCUGGCAUCAGCAUCCUUUGGACGUCUUAGAAAGUCAUUGGGGCAGGGAUAUGUUCUCAGCCUACGGCAUCAUGCUGAUGCUUAACGAAGGCAGAAACCCGGUGUCGACAGAUCGCUCUACUGAGCGCUUCAUAUUCCCUUUCGCGUUCCAGAAAUCCCCCUUUCUCCGUCAUUAUGCUCAGUUGAUCAUCAGACCCGGUCAACUCGCAGGCGUACCCCACGAAAAGCCCACGAGACUCAAGAUGAUGGCCCUCGAGCGUUCGAUGGAUGCUAUUUCAUGUGUUGAAACAGCAUUGGCGGGUACCAACUUGGAGAAUCCAUCUACCGAACUUGUCAUUCUCGCUAUCAUUGCCGUCAUUUCUUUCAAUUUGAUAUCCUCUGAUCGUGACCAGGCACUACUCCAUAUAUGGGGCUUAGAAUCACUGAUUGCCGCUCUUGGCGACAGUUUUACCUUGCGCGAUCAUGACGAGAUCAGACUUAUGAUCUUCUGGGUUGAUGUAACAACGUCUCUACUACAUGAUUCUAUCCCACGAUUUCCGCUGCCCUCAGACCUUGUCCCUGUUGUGCCUCCGGUAGAGCUACCACUACCCCUUCGCACUCUGAUGAUUUUGAGAUCCAAAGCAGACAAAAACAUUUCUCAUGUCUUAUCAUGCAUGAUGGAUUUAAACGCAAUAGCCUCUCUCAUCGAAUCAGAACUAACCGUUAGAGGUGAUGUCUUAUGGGGAGAGUCUGUAUUAUUAGGUCUCUGGCUCAACCCAGUAGCACAUCGCUUGCUGGAUAGGCCUCCGGUCACUGACAUCUCUUACCGGCCUUCUCCGAUAUCAGAGGCUUUGCGUCAGGGGGCGCUGCUCUGGGUUAUUUGGAUACAACGCAGGUACCAUGCAUACCCUGGCUCUCCUACGGCGAUUGUACAAAAAUUGUUGAGCCUCUUGACGCAGCCUGAUUGGUCGGACGUCUUAACUGAUACAGAUCUCAUGUCGGUUCAUCUCUGGCUACUUGUUCUAUGUGGUAUCAACUGUGACGUCCCCGCCGCUUCACCAAAUCUGGCGGGCAUGAUUCCUUUACGAAUGCGGCAGAUGGGGUGGGAUAACUGGAGUGAGGUGAUGAUGUACGUGCGUCAGAUGCCCUGGACGCAUGCAAUUGAUGUCGCAGCCACUCAGCUCGCAGAGAGGGUAGAAAGAACCAACUUGCUAUCAAUAAACUAA